AUGGUGCAUGCCGAUGCGUCAAAUUUCGCCUCGGGUGUCACCAAGGAAAAGGCGUACAGACAGGUUCUUCAGCAAGCAGAGGCUCUGUUUGAAGGACAAAGAAACUGGGUCUGGUCAGUACAUAAUUCUCACAAACUUCAUAUCACCAACCUUGCAAACUCAGCAUCACUUCUAUGGCAUGCAUACAAAUCUCUUCCUCUACCUUCAUCGGAAGUAAACUGGGCCGGAUUCUAUACACUCAAUGCUGCUAAGCCAAAGCAAUUGAUCCUUGGGCCAUUCCAAGGGAAAGUCGCCUGUCAAACCAUCGCAUUUUCACGAGGUGUCUGCGGCAAAGCUGCUGCCACUGCUGAGACGCAACUCGUUCCUGACGUUGAGGCUUUCCCGGGUCAUAUCGCGUGUGAUGGGGACUCCAAGAGUGAGAUCGUGGUGCCGAUAGUGGUUGAUGGCAAGGUGGUUGCUAUUAUUGAUAUAGACUGCGCGGCGUUGGACGGGUUUGAUGAGGUCGAUAAACUAUGGCUAGAGAAGUUGGCGACCUUGUUAGGGAAAACCUGUGAAUGGUAG